AUUAAAAGAUCAAUUCGUCAUUGUGGCAUGCACUCGCAUACCUCUGAUUAUGAACACGGGUAUGCCUAUAUAGUAAAGGAAUUUACUCCGGAUGAGUGCAGAAGAGCUCAUUUAUUGAAUUCCUUAAAUCUUGCACAUGAUUAUAACUUGAGAGAAUUAAAACGAAAUGGAACUACACGGGGAGAAGCUCUUAUUAUAGGAAAUGUAAAAGGUAGCACUUGCGAUGGAGGAACUUAUAGAACACCGUUUUAUACGUGGACUAAUGCAUUAGUUUACUAUGAAUACGAAAUAACAUUGCGCGACUAUAUGGCAACAAUUGAUAUUGAAAAUAAUGAAAUAAAAUUGCGAAAUGGAUUAGUGUGUAUUUAUACCCAUGGAAAAUGUUUAGAUUCUGAAGAUGGGUAUUUAACUUGGGAUAUAAAUCUGAAGGAAAGGUGCGAAGAUACAGAGUUUGAGGUAAUAUAUGAAGGUAUAGUUAAUAAAACUUUAGAUAAUAAUACACAUAAAGUUGGAGGAAAAUUUAACGCUAUAUAUACAACUAUUUCAAAUACGCAUUUAUUUUCAAUAAAAACAAGAGAUGUGACGAAAAUUUGCGGAUAUACUGGUUACAAAACAGAUCAUCCUCGCAUUCUGAUAUUAGAGGAAGCUGAAUUCAGGUCUCCUUUUAAGCGUAAACCGACAAGUAAGAAUUAUGAUAUUUUUACAUAUUUUAAUUCAAAAAUCACGUUGGUGGAAAAUUAUAUUGGUCAAAAACUGGACGAUGUUUAUGGAACCAUUAUGACUGAAAUGUGUAAAAUUGAUAAAGCCAUGAUGGAAACAAAGCUAACUCUAGCAAGAUUGAAUCCCACAGAAUUUGUUAAUAGUAUUGUAAAGCAGCCUAGGUACACAGCAGUUGUAGCUGGAGAAGUGCUUCACAUACUGGAAUGUAAACCGGUUUAUGUAACCUAUCGAACAUCUGAGAGAUGCUACCAAGAGAUACCAGUCAAUUAUAAUAAUGCAACGAUGUUUUUGACUCCAGUAACUCGUAUAUUGCAAAAAAGAGGUACUGAAAUUGAUUGCACCCCUAUACUCCCAGCAAAAUUCAGAUUUGGAAAUCGAUGGUACACUACAGACGGACGUCUUAGAGAGACCACAUCACCCAACAAAUUAACCACUGACAUAAUAACUACGUGGUCAUACACCCCACUUCCGAGUUUAAUGGAGAGUGGCGUUUAUGAUUCAGACAGCAUUGAUAAAAUGCGAAAUAUGAUUUAUGAGCAAGGAGAUAGGAGAAUAGCCUCAACCAUUUUACAUAAAGUCUUAUCGGGACAACACCCAAAUUAUCAGGGAUUCAGUUUCGAUGCAUUAGUAUCAGAAAAGAUAAUCGAAAAUGUUUUAAAUAAAUAUUGGAAAAAGUUCAUUUCAUGGUCAAAUUGGAUAGGAAAUGUAACAUCAACAUUCAUAGGAAUUUAUAUGAUUGGACGAAUAAUAAAAUUUGUUUUCGACACUAUUAUGCACGGAAAAAUAUUAUAUGACAUCUACGGUCUUGGAUGGCAAUUAUUAGCGUCGUUUUGGGAUUCAUUGACGACAUUUCUAUCUCAUAGAAAUGCUAUAAAAAAACAACGAAAAGAGGUGAACGAUGAUCUUUCGAAUUCAGCCAGAGAGAUAAAAAAUCUUGAAAUUGAAACUAACGAGCUUAGACAGCCACCAGCUCAUUACUACCCUAGAAUUAUUGUGGAUGAAAGAUCAAAUUAACCGACUUAAUUUCCAAGGAAAUUUUUUCACGGGGUCCGGAGGUCCUAUUUUGUUUGUAAAUCUACAUAGUUGAUUUACGGGGUCCGGUGUAGAUUACGAGGAUGAAUUUGAGCUUGUUUACAAUAACCUAAACCAAUAAAUUUUAAUCUCAAAGUGAUUUGUAAACCAAGGAAACGAACAUGUGGUCUAGACUUAGACGGAGACGUCGGUUGUAUAUUUAUCGACUAGACCGCCUUCAUGUUGAAAUUGGGGCAAUAAAAAAAGGACCAAAUCUUAUCCUCAAUGCAGGAUAAACAGAAUUCAAUGUUUAUUCCUUUACGGCAUAGAUUCGUUAUGUUUCUAUUCGCCUAUGCGUAAGCUAUAUUCACCACUUAGAUCCUUGAUCGAGUGGUGAGAAGAGAAUCGCUCUCUAUUUCCACUCUUCGCUUAAUUUUGGAUUCUCCUUUUGCUUUGGUAAAUUUUGAGUAAAUCUCACGCACACAUCUAUUUUGUUAUUCGGAAAACUCUCAAAUGAGAGGAAAAUGUAUAGAUUAAAGAACUAACAUAGACAUAAGAAAAAUGUAAA